CGUCACCUUAAGAAUUGGUGCAAAAUCGCCUGAUAUAUUUGGCAGUCGCCUAAACAUUUAAUAAGAAUUCACUAACCAAAUACUCUAACCACCAAGCUAGCAGGUCUUUCAUCUCAGAAGCUAUCAUUUUAGGGUAUCGAACUAGUGAUAUGUGGGCACAGCCUCCGGCUUGUAUUGACAAACUUUCAGAAAUGAGCAGUAAAUCGUAGGGAGCGCGCGGCGGACGCAUCCCCGCCGGAGGCCAGUCCGGCCCCACCGGAAGCGGGGCAGGGAACGCAGGCCCGGGCGCCAGCGGCCUCUUCUCCCGGUCGUGCGGGGCCGUCCUCGCUCCCACGCCUCGCAGUCUCAUUUGCCGUCUCCCGACGCGUGACCCCGGCACGCCGGCGUCCGGGACCGAAGACAAGCGCGGGGGGCGCCACACUGUCCCAUGUGCCCCUUCCCUCUCGCGGCCGCCGCAGUCGCUGCGCCCCGAGCCCCGCUCCGGCUUCUCGGCAGAGGACUCGCUGCCGCCAUGUCUACCGCAGGGCUCAAGUCCGUGGACUACGAGGUGUUCGGGAGAGUGCAGGGUGUCUGCUUCAGAAUGUACACAGAAGAUGAAGCUAAGAAAAUAGGAGUGGUUGGCUGGGUGAAGAAUACCAGCAAAGGCACUGUGACAGGCCAAGUGCAAGGCCCUGAAGAAAAAGUCAAUUCCAUGAAGUCCUGGCUGAGCAAGGUCGGAAGUCCAAGUUCUCGCAUUGACCGCACAGACUUUUCUAAUGAAAAAACCAUCUCUAAACUUGAAUAUUCUAAUUUUAGUAUUCGUUACUAAUAGAAAUAAAAAUUAUGUUUAUAGAGCACAAUAGACACUAUAUUAAGUCUAUAUACUAGGAUAAUAGUAGCAGAGUAGGGUAAGAAAAGAACUGUUCUAGAAGCUAUAACAUAUAUAUUAUUAAAAAAUGUAAUACUGAAAUAGUUUUACUAAACUGUUUUUAACAAACAAAAAUAUUAGUAUCUGAAAGUAAAAAAUGUCAUUACAAAAUAUUUAAUGUAAAUAUUUAAUUUAAAAUUGUCUCAUGAAAACUUUAAUUCUAAUAAAUAUAGUAUACAUCUGGCUAGUUUUACUCAACUAUGUUUUUAACAAGCAAAAGUUAAGUAUCCUAACAAAAAUUGUUAAGAAAUAUUUAAUAUGAAUAUUUAAUUUAAAUUUGUCUCAUGGAAACUAAUUCUAAUGAAUAUUAUAGCAUACAUGUUAUUUGGCUAGACAUAAUAAAGUUAACCAUUUAAAAUUAUUUUUAGGUACUGUUGUAUGAAUUGAAUUCUAUAACCUUCCAAAUAAUUUAUUACUAAAGUUGAGUAAUUCGUUUAAUAACAACGAAAAGAACCAGUAGUUGGAAAUAAAUCUAUAUUCAGUAUAACCAUGAAA